UCGGCCUUGACAUAUGGCUCAGACAAAUGUCUGUUUUUCAGACCUGUCUUUAACCUUUGGAUUAUUUGAUUAUUUUGAACUCACGAUAUGCCCAUUUUAUUUACAGAUUGAUGACAAUAUGAAAGAUCAACUUGUCUUACAGCAGCAAGGUUAAUAUUACAGCGGUGGCCAAAAUGACAUAACUCGGAGAUGGAAUGACAUGAUCUUGAUAUUAGAGUGCUGUGGAGUUCAUAGUUCUUCAGAUACUUAUUCGGGAUUUGAUCGAUACGCAUACUCAUAUUUGUUUUGCUGUAAAAAUGCACAUGGAAGUAGAAUGAAUUCGGGAUCGCAUUACAACUCGUAUUCAAGUAAUCUAGACGUUUUUGGUGGUUGUGGUGGAUACAAAACUGACACAUGCAGUGAUACGAUAUUAUUCAAAACUAGAAUGUUUUUUGGUUGGUUCCUUGCAAUAGUGCUGCUGCAAUUAUUUUUAGAGAACAUAGGACUCAUCUUUGUUAACAAAGAAUACUCGCAGAUCAGACCAUCGGAUGUACAUGAAAAUAGUAGUCCUCGUGACACCAUUAAGGAAUCUCACUCAAUGACAAUAAUGUUUCGGACAGCGUUUGAUGGGAUUAAGUCGUUCUUCAUUAGUUACUGGAAAAGAUCGAAAUUUUCAAUAGUUCAGUUCAUCUUGCUUGGGAUAUCGGCGGUAUGCAAUAUUGGAACUCUCGGAUUAGCAAUACAUAUUCGGUAUGACUCUGUGUUUGGAAAUUCAGAUAUACAGACAUUGCUUUCUAAAUUUAGAAUAGCAGACCACACCUUCACCAGAGCACUCAACAUAUUCUCUAUUGUUGUUGUCACUUUUUCAUCCACAUCGAUUGCUGUCAUAAUUUUUGCGGGUGUAACUAUGGUUUCUCCGAAAUGGAAAAGAAUAUUGCUGUUUAUUGGUGUCGGAUUAUGGAGCAUAGUGACUGUAGCAAACAUAGUACAAAUUGGUUUGUGGGGGAAGUUUAAGGCAUGCGCAGACACAGAAUUAGAAGACCUUAUCAGUACUGAAUUAAUAAAUAAUACGUACACUUAUCGAUAUUCACAUGCAUCAGGGUACCACUACAGUGAAACAUCGCUAUCUUGGAAUACGUUAUUUGUAAAAGGUGAAUGCUGCGGUGUUGGAAUUAACACAACAAACUCAUUCACAACAUCAAAUUGGUAUCGUUACCACCGUGAUUCGACUUCCCAGCGUAUCCCAGUACAGUGUUGUAACUCUCAGACAGUCGUUUAUCCAUAUGCCAAUCAAUACGAUACGGACUGUACAAAUAAUCUAUUAGAUGGCUUUUACCAUACUCAGGGAUGUGAUACAGUUAUAGUAAACAGAUUGGAUUUAUACAGUCUUCUAUUCUUUAUACUUAUGGGAACCAAUGUUUUAACUGAGAUUGGUAUGAUAGCUAUAACCAUACACAACGCAGUCAGUCUAACAAAGGAAGAGAAUGCAGUACGUGUUCGAUAUAGAUCGGAUGAAGACAAUGUUGAAUUAAAUGAAAAAAUGGGAAAAACAACUCCGAAAUCUGUACAAAGAUGAGAUUCUUUAAAUCAGAACAAUUUAGCUAAUGUGGAUGAUAUUUAAGAUAGACGAGAAUAACACACUGCAAACAAUUAACUUAUUGGUAAUGACUAAUACAACACACAAUUGUUGACUGACUUUAAAGAAGCAGAAGUGACUGAUGGCAAUGCUGAAGAAUAAAAGCUCAAUAACUAAUAACAAUCUAACGGAGAAACAAAACACAGAUUUAGUUGCUAACAAUUUUGUUAUUGUUGACGUUUGGUUGUUGUGAAGUUGUGGAAAAGUCGACAUAUCAUUUAUAUGUGUAUCACUUGUUAUUCAUUUCUGUAAUGUUAAUGUGAAGUGUGGUUUAUGCAGUGAUGGUAGGUUAAUAUAAAUCAUUAAUGUAUCAAUAAAUUGAUUGUGGUACCUGUCUUAUAGUAAAACCAUAUCUACAAAUUUAAGUCAGGAGAGUUUUGUUUUGCCACAAAAAUUGACUUUUUGUAGCUCUACCUAUUAAUGAUCACAAUACAAAUCAGAUUUAUAACGCUACGGACGAAUUUUCUUCGUCAGCCUGAGACGGUUGUAACUGAUUGCAUGUUUUCUGUGUGACCGAUAAAUCAUAAAUAAACAAAUAUGAA